GGCCCUCUCGUACUGAGCUCUGGUGUUUCUGAUAUGGUUACUUUGAUCGAUGAUUCUCAUGGCGAAGAGUGAAACCGUGUUUUCUUAUCCUUUCACGUACUACAAAGGCACAAGGCCGCCGCGUUUAUCCGCUGUGUAGCGGCUUCCACCUGUUAUAGCUAGAAAAUGGAUGAUUACUUUGAAAAUGCGAUGGAGUCAAGCUGACUCGCCAGGAAAAGUGUUGAAUCUCGCGUGUCUACCUCUUUGCUUGCGAUUUAAACGAUAAUUAUUGUUUGGUAUUGUGUAGAGUGAAAGGCGAUGCUUUCGGUCAGAUGGUUAAGCACAAGGGAACAAUCAAAGGAGAUAAGUUCAAGAGCAAUAAAAAUCACUUAAAAGCAGAGGAGAUUUGGUGCUUCAAGCGGGAGAGAGGGAGAGUUCAAAAUCUCCGCCUAAUGCGGGAGAGUUGACAAGUAUGACAUGAUUUCCAUGUUUCAGAUUUCAAAGAAUCAUGAAAACGGCUAAGAUUAUUGGUGUGUUUACUGAAUACACCUAAGUGACAAGCCUUGGUGGCCAUGUCAGAUGAGGGCUCAUCUACCAGUCCUCUACAGCAGCCCAUAGAGGAGCCUUACCCUGAGGGGGGAAGGGGUUGGGUUGUUUGCGCUGCUGCAUUCUUCGCCAUGUUCACUGUGUUUGGGAUUCAUAUAUCCUAUGGUGUUAUCUACGCAAAUUUGGUGGAUGAACAUGGCUUUGGAGAGGCAGAAUCAGCCUGGAUUGGUUCUGUAGCAGGAAGCCUUAACUUUCUCUGUGGUCCUGUAGCAAGCUUUCUGUGUGAUCGGUAUGGCUGCCGAUCAGUGGCAUUCAUUGGUGGUAUCCUAUCUGUCCUUGGUCUCUUCCUAACAUCCUUUGUCCAAAACCCCGGCAAAAUGUAUGUGACGUAUGGACUCCUGUGGGGGGUUGGGUCAGGGCUUUCAUUCACUCCUUCAAUCAUAGUUCUUGGACAGUACUUCCGCAAGAGGUUUCCUCUGGCCAAUGGGAUUGCCUCCUCAGGGUCUGGCAUUGGUGGUCUCCUUGCAGCUCCCUUCAUACAGUUUUUACUUUCCAACUUUGGUUGGCAAAACUCAAUGAGAAUUUUAGCAUGUAUUGCAAAUAUUCUAUGGAUUGGGGCGUUGCUGUAUGGCCAACCUAAAACCUCACAUGGGGGACCAACUAAUACCACAGACGGAGGCCAGAGGCCUUUAUUCACAAUAUGGAGAAGCAAGCCGUUUGUUCUGCUAGUUGUAGCAGUGGGAAUGUUUCAACUCUGCUAUCCAGUUCCCUACACGCACUUGGUAAAAUUCACUGAAGACAUCGGUAUCCCGUCAUCGAAAGGGGCGUGGCUUCUGGGCAUCCUGUCAAUUACCACCACCGUCAGCAAAAUCCUGUUUGGCAAAAUCAGCGAGUGUGCCUGUGUCAACAGGCGACUUCUCCUUCAGACGGCCAUGUUUGCCAUGGGCCUGGGUACUAGUCUGUGCCCGCUGGCUACUGGGUACGCAGGCGUGCUUAGCUAUGCCAUUGUUUACGGCAUGUUUGAUGGAUGCUUUGUGGGACAGGUACCUGUGGUGACUGCCGAUGUCGUCGGGCAUGCGCGGUUGUCACAGGCUGUUGGAAAUAUGUUUGGAGCGAUAGCUUUGCCAAUGAGUUUUGGGCCACCAAUUGCAGGCUGGCUGUACCAUGGGUUCGGCUCCUACAACGGAGCUUUCCACAUGGCCGGAGGCAUUGCAAUCUUCACCUCCUUACUACUCUUCCUCAUACCAUAUAUGGCAGCGAAACAAAAGGCGUUUGACGUCACUGAUGACGUCAUGCAUGACAUCAUGGGCCCCUUAUCCCAUGAUGCCGGGCGUUACGGGACAGACGGGCUGAUAGCCAUGUCGUGCGCGCGGUCUUCUAAGAGCGGUUCGUAUGCGGUGUGGUACGCGAUGUCCGUCAGACGACAGUCGUACACAGAAGCGGUCAGGCUAUCUUCAGACGAGGAGCGCCUGACUGUUGUUCAGACGGAGACGGUGCUCUGACUGGACAAGCGAGGAGCGCCUGACUAUUGUUCAAGAGAGACACUGUUCUUAUUGGACAAGGGAGGAACGCCUGACUGUUGUUCAAGAGAGACAUGCUCUGAUUGGACAAGCGAGGGACGUCUGAGGGUUGCACAGAUAGACAAGGCACAAUGAAUGCAUGAUAUCGAAAAAAAUAUAGAUUUUCUCAUUAGAUAAAUUAUUUGUAAGAAUAUACAUGACUUCGAAAAUAUAUAUAAUAUAUCAUAUAUAAUAUAUAAUAAGUAUAAUAUAUAAUAAGUCACUCUGAGGAAGGCUGUUGUACUCAGCCGAAAUAUAGGUGCUGCUGAUCAUAACAAAGUGUUUUCUCUUGUUAUUAGUUAAAUUGUAUCGAGAAUCUAGUUUUGACAACACAAAGAGAUGCUUGUGAUUUAUAUAUAUAUAUAUAUAUAUAUAUAUGAAUCGAAAUCAAUCGGGGAGUAACUUGACCGGUUUCCUGUGGUGAGCAUGCUAAAUGCGGAAACUGAAAACUGUAAUUCAUGGAAGAAUUCAUUCGUUCUCAGCUCCUCGCGUUGUGCGUUCGUCGAAUCGCCACAGGACAUUCGAGAAGCCUUGGUACUUUCGGGGCAAUAGCCAUGUCUGCUUGAGGGAACUAUGUAAUAACGACGCAGGUUAAUUUAGGGUAUAAAGUAUAUUUAUUUAUAUAAGCUCGAAUUAUUUGCAGUUUCACAUUAUGUAUUUAUUAGAAAAAUUUAAUUACAAUAUAUUAAUGUGGUA